CCGCAAUGGUGUAACAAUACUCGGUGCAAUCCGGUUGAGGCAUCAUUCGCUUAGCGUAAUAUCCAGUCUACAGGAUCACACAGAACUCGCUCUCAACUAUCAAUCAUCAUCAUGUCAGGUCGAGGAAAAGGAGGAAAGGGACUCGGAAAGGGUGGUGCCAAACGUCAUCGCAAGGUUCUACGAGAUAACAUCCAAGGCAUCACCAAGCCUGCAAUCCGUCGACUUGCCAGAAGGGGAGGUGUCAAGAGGAUCUCUGGUCUCAUCUACGAAGAGACACGCGGUGUACUGAAGGUCUUCCUGGAGAAUGUCAUCCGUGAUGCAGUCACCUACUGCGAGCACGCCAAGCGAAAGACUGUCACAGCCAUGGACGUGGUGUAUGCACUAAAGAGGCAGGGUCGUACAUUGUACGGCUUCGGCGGCACCAGAAAACCUCAAUUCAUCAUGGCUCCAACAGCUCAAGUUGCUAAGAAAGGCUCCAAGAAGGCAGUCAAGGCACCUCGGCCCAGCGGUGGCAAGAAGAGGAACAGGAAAAGGAAGGAGAGUUAUGGAAUCUACAUCUACAAAGUCCUCAAGCAGGUUCAUCCAGAUACCGGCAUCUCCAGUCGGGCCAUGGUCAUCAUGAACAGCUUCGUCAACGACAUCUUCGAGCGAAUUGCCGGCGAAUCUUCCCGCCUCGCUCAGUACAACAAAAAGUCAACCAUCAGCAGUCGCGAGAUUCAGACCGCCGUCCGCCUCAUUCUCCCCGGAGAGCUGGCAAAGCACGCUAGUACUGAAUUACCUACUGUCUCUCAAGCAACUAUGGCACGCACCAAGCAGACCGCUCGCAAAUCUACAGGAGGGAAGGCUCCCCGCAAGCAGCUGGCAACCAAAGCUGCCAGAAAGAGUGCCCCCGCCACUGGAGGAGUCAAGAAGCCUCAUCGAUACAGGCCUGGCACAGUCGCCCUGAGAGAGAUUCGCCGCUACCAGAAGAGCACUGAGCUUCUCAUCCGAAAACUGCCAUUCCAGCGUCUAGUGCGUGAGAUUGCACAGGACUUCAAGACAGAGCUACGUUUCCAGAGUUCCGCUGUGAUGGCCCUUCAAGAAGCCAGCGAGGCAUACCUAGUUGGCCUCUUUGAGGACACCAACCUGUGUGCCAUCCACGCCAAGAGGGUUACCAUCAUGCCCAAAGACAUCCAGCUCGCCCGUCGAAUCCGCGGAGAACGCGCCUAGAACCAUCGGUACAGCAUGUAGCCCAUGCACCGCAUACACAAACGGCUCUUUUCAGAGCCACCA